CAGGCGAACAACAAACAUCAAGACAUUAGACCAUUUUUCAAAGAAGGGGGAUUUCAAAAUAUUUACAGAAGCUUCGUAUAUUUACUGAAGGUCUUUUUUUUGGCAUUUGUUUAUUUCUCGCCAACAUACAUACUUGACCUGCGAUCGCGAGUAGCGGGACAGGGAAACAUGUUGAACAACAUGGAUUUGAGCUCUCAGCAUUAUUUUUAUUCUUCAUUUGACAAUAUUUGCAACUCUUCCCCUGGGAUUGAGAACAUUGGGCCAAUGGCAAACCAAGACACGUGCCUGGCCGCUGAGACACAAUCACCUGUUCAAUACCAUCAAGAUAUUGCAGCUGCAGAACCUAAAGCUGAAGUAUCUAACUCGGAAUUCUCCUUUGAUCCAAGCGAAGUUAUCAAAGGUUGCUCCGCGCCUUCCUUUGAUUACUCAGGCAGUUUCUACGUUGAGACGUCUCCGGCGGCAGCGUGUAGCGCGGACAUGCUGCUCAACAUGAUCACAGAAAUAGUUGGGAUUUCUACUCUGCCCAUCUCUGAAAUUCAGCGUGAAACGGAGUCUGCAUAUUCCUCUCCUUCAUCCGUGGAUGCGGGGUUUCAAAGCCAAGCGUCCAACUGCUCUUCUCCAGCAUUGAAUUCACCAGAACACUUCUGCCAUGACUUCACUGAGGUUCAGAUGAGUGUGAGUGAUUCUGCCCCGGCCCAAACUAACUUCGGUGCCUCUGCGAUGGACCAGACACCAAUAGCCACUGGGACGUUUCCAGUGGUGGUCAAGAAUGAGUUCGAAAGUAACUGUCAGUGGGACCCCUUCAAUAAAUGCGAUUCGUAUUUGGCCUCAGACCUGGUGUCAGAACUUUUCAAAAUGCCCGAGGACUGCGCAACCGAUCAAGAAAUUGAUAUGAAGGACUUUAUUGACUCUCUCGUUUCUAUCUGCCCAACCUCCGAACCCGCGUGCAAAUUAGAAGGAGGGAUUAAGCAGGAACAGUGCUUCAUCGACAACUGUGCGCAAAGUAUUCAGUUCCCCCCUUUCAAAAGCCACCAGGCACAAACCUUGGACUUUGCAAGUAACAUUAACGGUGUCUUCAAAUCGGGUGUUUUAGACCUACCCAGUAUUCCUAUUGAGACAUUGACAAACCAGUGCGAUUUAGUUUACACCUCAACCACCCUAUCCAGCACAAUAGACUCGCUGCUUUAUUCGACUCUUUUGCCAGAAAGUUUUGCGAGGGAUAGCACACCCAUGGAGAAACAAUCCCGAGGCAGGAAAGGUCCAACAAACGGGCCAGUCAAGGUGAAACCCUUCCCGUGUCCAGUGGAUAACUGUGAGAGGCGGUUCACACGAUCAGAUGAGCUCAACCGUCAUAUUCGCAUUCACACCGGGCACAAACCCUUCCAGUGCCGUAUCUGUCUGCGAAGUUUCAGUCGCAGUGACCACCUGACCACCCACACCAGGACCCACACAGGAGAAAAGCCAUUUUCUUGCGACGUCUGCGGCAGAAGGUUUGCGAGGAGCGACGAGAGGAAAAGGCACGGGCGAGUGCAUCUCAAACAGAGAGAGAAGAUGGAGCUUAGGGCUCAGAUUAUAGCCGCUCCUAUGUGCCACUUCACUUUUCCUAAAGGAAUCUGAACAUGCGCUUACAUAGCCUACACGUUGUUGUGUGUUUGGCGCUAUAUCUUCCUUAAAUUGGGAGAUUGUUUAUGGUAAAACUGUUAGCGAAUGUUAACAUUUCAGCGUUUGCGAUUCAACGGGUUGACAGCUCAGAUCUCGGAGUAGCCUGUCAAGAAAACUGUACGCUUUCAGUGUGAAAUGGCAAUGCGAAUUUCAGAAUGUGUUCAGAAGAAAGUAGAGAGACGCAUUUUUCGCGCCUCACCUCUUGUUUUAUUAGCUUAGAAAUGCUCAUAAAUAUUAUGCCUGAAUAUGAGCGAACACAUUCAUCUGCUACAUAAGCUUUUAAAACAGAUCCAACCAACCUUUGAAACGGCAACAGUAACCAUAACAGCAAUAGCCUACGUCAGAGUUCAGAACUAAUUUCACCGAACAGCUCCAGCUCCAGAGUAUUUGUGGCCUAUAUUUCAGGUGAUAUGACUGAAAUGUGAAACCUGCACAGCCAGAGACAAAGACAUAUAUUUGUAUGAGUUAUUGACAGAGUAUUUUAAAGGGAAAGCAAAAGGGAAUAGACGGGAACUCGUAUAUGAAAAUGAAUUAAUUCGUUGAAAGCUUAAUCAGAGUUAGUUAUUCUAGGUUCUGCAGUUUAGGUUUUGACUAGAGCAAAACCCUUGUGAGUAAAACACUACAAUAUUGUAGUUGAGUAAUCCAGUAGCACACAUUGCUGCAAUAUUUUGUACAUUAAUGUAUGGUUGUACAUAAAAUGAAAGACAGAAGAAAUGCUAAAAACCUGUCUGUUGAAAAGAAAAAUAUACAUUGUUAUGUACUGUCAAGGUACACCGAAAUGUAAAUUGAGUUAAAUUAACUGAAAUGGAAUUGUAAAUAUUUGAGAAAAUAUUUCUACUAUAUAUUGUCAUGUUGUUAUUUUUACAAUGAAUGAUCAUGAAUAAAAUGAUUGACUUUA